AUGGCAGAGGCGGAUGGAAGACUUGUGUCGGUGGAUACGCCGGGGUUUGGAUAUGCUGUUUGCGGGCUGGAAGUACAUAGCUCGACGAAGAUCGGACGGCUCAAAGUUGGUCGUCGUCGCGCUGCUGCUGGAGCGAGCAAGCGCGUGUGGAAAGACUGGGUGUACGGAAACCCCACGGUGUAUCGAAGACGGACCAUCGGUCAGGCGCUGCUUCGAGGUUAUGCUAGCUGUACUUGA